GUGGUUACAAUAGAAGAACUCAACGCGAGGGAUGCGUAAACACACUAGUGCAACUUUUUCUUAGGGCACUCGUUCAAUGUGUCUUUUAACUUUGUGGUGAAUCUCAGCACAACCGUAAGUAAAUGUAGUUUAAAUUAAUGUUAAAUAUUUUACUUUAAACUGAUAAAGUUUAAAUGCAUAGCUCGCUAGGUUACAUUAGCUUUGCGUGCUCUCACUGAACUGCGACAUGACCCAUAAAAUGUAAUUAACAAACGGUUUUGAGAUCUACAACAAAGGAAAACUGUUUUAAAUUAUUAAGUGAGCCAUUCAAUAAUAAUGCCCGAACUUGAGGUAAAAUACCCGGACCCUGUGAGUCCGAAAAGACGCUUCCACAGUCGCUCGCGCAGCCGCUCACCGAACCGAGAUCUGAGAAACUCCAAAUACGAGGAUGACCACAAACCCCGGUACACAGAUAGAGAGAAUAAUCGAAACCGGUUUCGAAUGGCGACUUCUCGCAGUCGGUCGAGGUCCAGAGAACGAGAUCGACAACAUUGGUCCGAUCAGAGGGACAAAGAUUACGGCCCUGGAUCAAGAUCCGAGUACUAUGACAAGAGAGAUGAUGCUCAACGACAGAGACAAGACACCUUCAUCGCGAGACGCCUGCAAGAACGUGAGAGAAUUGGUGAACUGGGAUGUCCAGAGGUCUGGGGUUAUUCACCGCGAGUCAGAGAACCUGACUCAGAUGAGCACACUCCUGUAGAAGAGGAUGUGAAAAACAGCAGCUCGGAGUCAAGUUCAGAGGAGGACAAAAAAAAGAAGAAAAAGAAAAAGAAGAAAUCCAAAAAGAAGAAGAACAGGAAGCACUCGAAGGACAGUGAGUCGGGGAGUGAUUCUGAAGAGGAGAUGAAAAAGAAGAAAAAAAAGAAGAAAAGUAAAAAGAAGAAGUCAAAGAAAAAGAAGGAAAAGAAGAAUCACAAGGAAUCCAGUUGCUCAAACAGUGACCAGUCAGAGGCAGAAGCAGAGGAAGAGGAUGUAAAUGAAAUCUCAUGGGUGGAGAAAACUGGUGUUGGGGAACAUGUUGUUGGACCCGAAGCACCUCUCACAGCCCUAUCCCAAGAUGAUAAACCUCUUGAUUUUGGACACGCUUUGCUACCAGGUGAAGGUGCAGCCAUGGCUGAGUUUGUGAAAGCUGGAAAACGUAUUCCAAGAAGAGGUGAAAUCGGUCUGACUAGCAAUGAAAUUUCAGAGUUUGAGAAGUCUGGAUAUGUCAUGAGUGGAAGCAGACAUCGACGUAUGGAGGCUGUGCGUCUGAGAAAAGAAAACCAGAUCUACAGUGCCGAUGAGAAGAGAGCACUUGCAUCGUUUAACCAGGAAGAGAGGAGAAAGAGAGAGAGUAAAAUCCUUUCCAGCUUCAGGGAAAUGGUGUACAGAAAGACUAAAGGAAAAGAUGAGAAGUAACUGUCCUCUUGUUAUUUCUCUUUGCUUGUUUUUUUUUUUUUUAAGAGGUAAAAAACAUAGAUUUGUUUUAAACAUUGGUUUUACCAGCUUGAUGCUGGAUUAAGAAAUUUGUUAUGUACAUUAUUUUUACGAAUAAAUUCUGAUCAGUGGAAUAUUUUUCACUGCAGUACUUGCAAUGUGUGUAUUCCAUCAUAAUAAAAUUGUCAUGUGAAACA